UGCGCCCCCGCCCCUCGCCCCCACCCCUCGCCCGCGCCCCGCCGAGGAGCCGCCCCCACCCCCUUACCCCCCCCCCCCCCCCCCCCUCCUCCGGCCCACCCGCCGGACGGACGGACGGACAGGCGUCGCUCCGCCGCCCGGCUCCCCCUUCUUCCCUGCCGCCGCGGCCCAGACAGGUUGUUACUGGCAGAAGCACCGCUGAGAUCUGAAUCCUGGAACUUGCUUUCAAGGGCUUGAAACAAAGGACUUCUUUCUAAUUUGGGCAUGGCUAAUCGAGGAGCAACAAGACCCAAUGGGCCAAAUGCUGGAAAUAAAAUUUGCCAGUUCAAACUAGUACUUUUAGGAGAGUCUGCAGUUGGCAAAUCAAGUUUGGUGCUUCGUUUUGUAAAAGGACAGUUUCAUGAGUUUCAAGAAAGUACGAUUGGAGCUGCUUUUCUAACCCAGACUGUAUGUCUCGACGAUACAACAGUAAAAUUUGAAAUUUGGGAUACAGCUGGGCAAGAGCGAUACCACAGUUUAGCACCCAUGUACUACAGAGGAGCGCAAGCAGCUAUAGUGGUAUACGACAUUACAAAUGAGGAGUCCUUUGCCAGAGCGAAAAAUUGGGUCAAAGAACUUCAGCGGCAAGCAAGUCCUAACAUUGUAAUAGCUUUAGCAGGAAACAAAGCUGAUCUAGCUAACAAAAGAGCUGUGGAUUUCCAGGAAGCACAGGCUUAUGCAGAUGACAACAGCUUAUUGUUCAUGGAGACGUCUGCCAAAACAUCUAUGAACGUAAAUGAAAUAUUCAUGGCAAUUGCAAAAAAAUUGCCCAAGAAUGAACCACAGAAUGCAGGAGCCAACUCUGCCAGAGGAAGAGGAGUAGACCUUACUGAACCCACGCAAUCACCCAAGAGUCAAUGUUGUAGUAACUAAAACAUCAAUUGCUUUAAACUGUUCUGAAUAUUCUUCUGCUUCCUAACUGUUAAUAACCAUGGAAUUGGAGUGCUUAACCUGGCCCAGUACAGCUUCCAAACAGCGAAGAGACUUAUGAUAAUAGCCAAGUUCAUGAUACAGAGUUUUCUUUUGACCUAAAAUUUUAACAUGCAUGUAUCCACCACUGGCUGUAAUGUUUCAGCAGUAGAGGAGAGAUGGAAUCGGAAUAAACUUCCUUCAGUUGAAAGGUUUUAAAAAUCACUUACCAUUAGAGGUGUAGAAGAACUACUUUCCGUGGACCUAAUUGGCCAGUUCCUGUAGCCUCAAUACUGAUUGCUGUUAUAAUAAAUAGAAUUGGGACUCUUCAUAAUUCUCAAUUGUGCUUUAAAACCUUUUUAGAAACAGGGUCUAAAAAUUACUUAAACUUAGUCACAGUAUUGAUGCAACCAGUUGUUUCUGCAGGUAUCUACUGUUUAGUUAUACAUUCCAUAGUUUAAUAAUUUAAUUACAAAUAAUAUUUGCAUUAACAAUUUUAAGAAUUCUGUGCUUGCAGGAAAGUGGAGUUUUAGUUGGUACACUGUAUGUAAAUUAUAUCAACCCAGUUAGUUAUCUAAAGGAAUUAGUGAUAAAUCAAGUUUAACUUCAUUUCUAAUCUGUUCAGAGGGUACAGACCAGUAAAUUCAACUUUAUGACUUAGGAUUUUUUUUUUCUUCUACAAACUGUAAGAGCUCUUCAAGUAAAACAACAACAAACUUGG